CGGAGCCGCUGCGGGCGCGGCCGCCGCUCGUCGCGGCUGGCGCUGGUCGCGCUUGUCACCCGGGACCAGGCUGGGCUUUCGCAUCGUAUUUCAUGUGUGUCAUAUUGCCUGGGAAACUUCUCCAGCCCGAUACAACUUCGAGCAAAAAGGCAAAAGAAAAAAGCCUAAGCCUUUCCAUUUAAUAUUACGGCCGCUGGAAAACAUAGCCUGAUGCAGUUUAUGUUGCUUUUUAGUCGCCAGGGGAAACUGAGACUCCAGAAGUGGUAUGUCCCAUUAUCUGACAAAGAAAAGAAGAAAAUCACAAGGGAACUUGUUCAAACAGUAUUAGCCCGCAAACCGAAAAUGUGCAGCUUCCUGGAAUGGAGAGACCUGAAGAUUGUCUACAAAAGAUAUGCAAGCCUCUAUUUCUGCUGUGCUAUUGAAGAUCAGGACAAUGAACUAAUAACUCUGGAAAUUAUUCAUCGCUAUGUAGAACUUCUUGACAAGUAUUUUGGAAGUGUCUGUGAACUUGAUAUCAUCUUCAAUUUUGAAAAAGCCUAUUUCAUUUUGGAUGAGUUCCUUUUAGGAGGGGAAGUUCAGGAGACAUCCAAGAAAAAUGUUCUUAAAGCCAUCGAACAAGCCGAUCUUUUACAGGAGGAUGCUAAAGAAGCAGAGACCCCACGUAGUGUACUUGAAGAAAUUGGAUUGACAUAAAUCUUCUCUUCAGCUGAUGCCAUCUCAGUGUUUCAUACUGUAAAUGUUCACUGCCUUCAUUGUAAUGUUUAGCUAAUGGUGUAAGAUGCUGUUUGUCAGUAUUACUGUUUUGCUAAGCUGCUUCAUUCAGGCCUACAAGAACAAUACAAAAAUACUUCUUUUUAAAAAGGGAACAAGAAAUCUUAAGUUCAGAAUUUAUAAAUGAAAGGAAUUAGAUUUAAAUUGACUCAGUGUUUCCCUUCACUGCAUUUAUAGGAAAAUUGCAUUUGACUUCGAUAAGCCUACUGUUUUUUAUAAGAGAAUUUGACUUCAGGAAAUGUAUUAUUAUGACAUAAGCAUAGACUACUUAAAUGAAAAGAAACUACAUGGACAACUCCAAAUAUGAAAUGCUACGGUAUAGAAAUUAUGUUUAUGCAACCAAAGAAUUUGUUCAUCUACAUUUUAGUCACCACUUGUGAUUAUUCUGCUUAUUUCAGUUGUUGCAUAAAGAUUGGAAAUAUCUGUUUACUACUGAAUUUGUCAUUAUACCAAAGAAUCCUGCCAGGAUCUGCAUAUCAAACUGGUAAAAAACUGUUAAGGUGAUAACUGUUUUUUUCAGAAAACUGAUCAACUCACUAGACAUGAAGGUGCAUUUUAGUGUAGCUACCUUGAGCAAAACUGUGCAAGUAACUAUACUCCAAAGGGAAUGCAUGUAGGAGAGAAGGGAAACCAACCCAGACUGAAUAAGGAAACUGGUUUUAGGUCUGAUAUUGGCUUACUUUGACCAUGUACACAAGAAAAGGGAAGUCAGCUUUCUAACUGAAUAGAGAGAUACAUAAUGAAAACUGAAUACUUUCAAAGUAGAAGCUUUACGGAAGGGACCUUUUAUUACUUUAUUUUGAAGUCUACCAAUUAAUUUGUAUUUUUUGGUGUUUUGUAGUUAUGCUUUAUUGGGUGUAUAGGUACCUUAGGACACACUAAGAGUCAAAGUCAUUUAACUGCUUUUCUUGAUCAACACGUUAAACAUGUGACACAUCCCUUACAAUACUCCUGCAUGAUGUAGUUGAAACAAUGAAUUUACAGUGAGAGCUCUUAAACAUUAGAUUUGUAUAGCAUAUUCACUACAAAUCAUGUAAACUGAUAUCCAGUAAUAUUUUGACACUUUGAACAGACUCUCAGUAAAAUGUGAUCUGUGUGUGAUUUUGAGGGAGACAGGGGCAGUCUACACCUGGGAGUGGCCAAGUUCUGUUGCCUGUCCCCAUGGAGGGGAGGUUCCCCUAGGAGUUAUGGCUUGUUCACCCGAGUGGUGCCAUGCUUUCACACAGCUUAGCUCUGGCAGUGCUGCUGGCAGCAGCACUUGUGUGGCCAGCUGGAGAGUGGGUUCAGUAGUACCCAGCCAAAGGAAAAGUGCAGUGGUGCCACUUUUAAGGCCCCAGAGCCAGACCCCAGCAUCAAUGCUUGAGCCACCACAGCAGCCAGCCAGGCCCAUGCUGUGUGUGCCACUCCUGUGGCAGUUCCAGGCUGGUGCCUGUGAACUCAAGCCAUUAGAACUUGUCUGCGGCUGCCCAUUCUAGGAUUUACACACAAAUUCCAGAUGACCAGAGGCUGGUUUUGUCCCAGGGCAUUUCCCCAGUGCACAGUUGGCAGGGAUAGAUGAGGGUAGAGAGGUAGUGAAAGGACCCUGUGUGUAAGAUUGUAGUGGUAAAAUGGAUUUAAGUCAAACCAGAAGCAAUUUUAUAUGUAUUAAACAUGUUUUUAAAGUUUACACUGUCACUUAUAUGUGCUUGGCUGGAUUAAGCUUUGUUGUGAUUGUGACAAACUGUUUGACCUCUGUCACAUUGGUUUAAUUGUAAUAAAUGUCCAUUUUUACAUCA